AUGGUUAAAUUCGUCGUCAAAUUAUCCGCGCGUUUGGAAAAUAUUGCUCUGCUCCAGCCAGUAGACACCGCCCAAGACCCCUUCGACUACGUCUUUAAGAUCUCUUGCGUCAGAUGCCAUGAAAUGCAUUCUAAAGACAUAUCAAUAAAUAGAGGCGAAACUAUGGACCUUCUUGACAGUAGGGGUGUCGCCAAUUUCAUCUUCAAGUGCAAAUUCUGUGGCAAUGACUCUCACGCCAGUAUCCUCACCAACGUCGUACCUUACACCCUCGAAGACUCGACCAGACCAAAGCCAAUCCUUGAAUUGGAGGCCAGAGGGCUUGUAAUCGAAGAGUUCGUUCCAAAUGGCUAUUUCCAGGCUAAGAGUGCCGAAUCUCAACAAGUUUUUGAGGAAGUGGAAUUGGAUGAUGAAUGGUAUGAUGUUGAUGAAAAUACCCUUAAUGAAGUCAGCAUAACAGAUAUCAAAUGGGAGGUCACUAGAUAA